AUGAGCGAAAUAAAUUCAUAUCCAAGUAGCGGAUCAGAAAUAGAAGAGAUUAAAAUAGCAGUAGUAACAAUAUUGAAAGAUCUCAGUAAUAUUAACGAAUAUCAAUUAGCAAUGAGAACAUUCGAGUGUUACUGUAUUUAUCAACGAUAUGAAUGGAUAGUAAUCGAUGUAUCACAGAAUGAUACGUUGAAAUUACUUUGCCCGCAAAAAGAGUUUUUCUUUCAACGACAUUGUGUAGUAGCACAAUGUUUGCAAGAAAAUAAUUUCGAUUAUGUAUUAUUUAUCGAUUCUGAUAUGGGUGUUAUUAAUCCAAAAAGACGAAUUGAAGAAUAUAUUAUGAAUGGGAAGGAUAUUAUCUUUUACAAUCGUAUUUGGAAUUUUGAAGUAAUGGCUGGAAGUUAUUUAGUUAAGAAUACGAAAUUUGUCAUUAAUUUCUUACGAAUAUGGGCAAACUAUAAUUAUCGUUUACCGAAUUCAUUUCAUGGAUCUGAUAAUGCUGCUGUUCAUGCUUGCGUUCGAGCACAACUUGAAACUAACGAAAAAUGGAAAAAUAAAAUAAGUGUGCUACCGAAAGGUCAAUCUUGGGCACGUGAUGGUUGGCUCACAAAUUCGAAAUGGUCCGAACAAGAUUUUAUCUUUCAUGGAUGGCAAAAACGGCGCUUGAAUAGACGAAUAUUCGCAUCAUGGAAAUUACCAUUUUUAUCGACAAAAUUUAAUAUGUCAUUAUGUGGUACCAGUAAUUACAUAGCGAACUGGAAAUACAAUCAAAGCUUUCUGAAAGAUGCAAAUGAAAUUCGUAUUCAAUUGAAUACGAUAAUUGUUUUAAAAAGUAUUGAAUAUUAUAAGGAGAAACGGAAAGCGGAAAAAAUAUUGGCUAAUUUGAUGAAAAAUGAGUCACUAUGGCAUAAUUCAUUAAUUAAUUCAUCGUUGUUGAUAAUGCCAAUAAAUAGAACAAAUCAAAAGUUAAAUUCGAAUUUUAGUAAAAUUUAA